AUGGCUGCCAGCAGCCGCAACUACAAGGGCAACAGCAGCAACAUGCUGGUAGCUUUGAAGUGUCUUCAAAACAAACUAAUGAUGAGAGCCAACGGAGCAACGAGCCGCGACGCUGCGGGCCAAUGUAAACUAACGAGGGCAACAGGGCAACUUUAG